GUAGAGGACAGGAAGACCUGGAGGAACAUUGUCCAUGGGGUCGCAACGGGUCGGACACGACUUCGCAAUUAACAACAACAAUACAGUAUGCCCUGCCUAUCUAUGCCUCAUCCUGGCUUUCAGACUGGAGCCUUUAUCAGCCCUUUUACUCAGUCACAGUCCUUUACCAAUAAUGAGUAUUCACAGGUUAAAAUCAUAAUGUGGUCAGAUUUUGACAUGGCAUAAUCCAUGAACCCGACCAACUGAUUUAUUAAAGAAACCAUAGUUAAACAAACCACCACUUAGUUUGAAAUGUGAACUAUUCCUUUUGCAGAGGGGAUAGUGCCAACCUGAAAUAGUAAAGUCGCCACCCAACCAACCCGUCAACAAUGCUAACGCCUAAAACAUGCGCUUUACUCAAUUUGUACAAAGGUCGGUGGUUUCUUCUUCAUUCUUGCAAGCUCCAUGGGCAAGCGACUGCGAUGCUGCACGUUUAACGUUUGAGCCGUUUUAAGAUAAGAUAAUCUUUAUUGUCACUUUUUUUUUCUGCGAACACACCGGCGCACAUUAAACAUGAUUUUUAAAUAUAUAUAUAUAUAUAUAUAUAUCUAUAUCUUGAGCCCUUGUACCGUCUGAACCCUUUUCUCAGAAGACAACGCCGCCGUGCUCCACGGAGCUUCCUCCCAGCCUAUUGGUAUUUAGAAUAGCAGACAGACGAUUUCCAACAGCUGAGCUGCUCCUGUCACAUCUCUGCAAGCGCGACCAAACUCAGCCACCGGAGCAUUCAACUUGCGCUGCUGCUGCCGCUGCCAAGGACAAUACAGUAGGAAUAACCCGAAGCCGCUAACAACUUCCAGCCCGCUCCUCCCUCUGGUUCAAUAAGAGCCAGCAAGGUCCUCCCCUCUAUGGGCGGAAAAAGAGCCCGACGCGCUGGUCGCCGGGGCUUUACGCAAUCGAUUCGAAAUAGCUCAAGAGUGGCGGCCGCCGGCUUCUCCCCUUUGGAGAGGGGAAGUAGGUGGAAGAAAAUGCAAGAACUUGACAAGAUUGAAACCUUGAAUCCAGAAUGGAUUUGCCAACCCAAAACUGAGGGCCAAAUUCAGAAUGGUACAGAGCAGAAUAAUUGUGAUGAUUGUGUUGAUAACCUUUUUAAAAAAGCUCAGAAAGUUGGGGCUGUAUGCUCAGAGCAUGCCAAGGCUGAUACAGUUAUUACAUUAUGGAAAAAUGGGUUUACAGUAAAUGAGGGUGAACUCCGAAGUUACACAGAUGUUGCAAACCGGUGCUUCUUGGAUUCCAUUAAAAAGGGGGAGCUGCCUCUUGAGUUACAGAAGAUCUGUGACAAAGAAGAGGUGGAUGUGAAGAUGGAUGAUAAGAAGGAUAAGUUAUAUACGUCGCCGAAGGCAGUAUUUCAUCCUUUCUCUGGACCAGGAUAUCGGUUAGGAAGUGCUACACCUAGAAUAAUCUCCAAAGUAAAAAAAAAAGUUGAAGAAACUGAAGAGAGAAAACCAACAGUAGUGCUAAUUAAUUCAGAACCUAUCACUAGAAUCCAGAUUUGGUUAGCAGAUGGAGCAAGGAUAGUACAAAACUUCAAUAUUUCUCAUAGAAUAAGCCACAUCAGAGACUUCAUAAUUGAUUACCAGAGACAUCAAGGAAGGAGACCUUUCACCCUGACUACAUCACUUCCUUUUCAAGAGUUGUUGAAUGAAUCUCUCACACUAGAGGAAGCCAACUUAAAAAAUGCUGUUGUUGUGCAAAGACUUAAAAAUAAUAUUGAGCCUUUCCGGAGUUUCUCUUCCUAGCAUUUUCUGCCUAAAAGAAAGAACAGUUGCAGGAAAGGUCUUGGAAAAGUGGAAGACAAUAUCCACACAAUAGGUCCCCAGUUGUGACUCUUUUAAUGUAGAACAUCCAACUGUUAGUUGAGCGAUUUUAGCUGAAUCACUUCCACUUAUGAGUAACAGUAAUUUCUGUGUUUUAUGUGAUAUCUACAGUGCUGCUUUGAAAGAGCAUGCAAUAUAUGCUGCACUAAAGCUACCCCAAAGUUUUUUGUUUGUUUGUUUUAAAUAGCCUGUUAGAAAGUAGUAGAGCCAGCCCUCCUGAACUGGGUAUUCUGUCACCAGUAAAGGAACAUUUUAGGGAAAAUCUUGAACACUUCUGUAAGUUUGAAGUUGAAAAAAAUUUGAAAGCACAAUUUGACUUCAUUCUUGUUUAUUUUAUGUUAUAGUUUGAUAUAUUUUAUUCUAUCAAUGCUACUGUUUGAUAGUGACACAAAUUAAUAUAUAAAUUUUAUAUAUACAGAAAAACACCACAGGUAAACAGUCUUUAAGCAUAAUGACUGUUUCUUUUGAAAAAUUUGUCUCCCAAGUUAUGUUUUAGGAUAUCAGAGGAGCAAAUGACUAAAGCAGCAUCAUGUCACAAGCUCUUUCAUAUGUAUGUAUACACACACAUACGAAAGGAUCAGAGCUUAUGAUGUGAUUUUGGUUUUACUAUUUUAAUAAGUGUGUAUGCUAGGGACAUCUGACUGUACAUGUGGACAUAAUUCCGCAUGUAUUAACUCCACUUUAAUUAUAUGGGCAUACCUCUGGAUAGACCUAAAUUUCAAUUGCAUUUUAUGCCAUUAAAAAGAAAUACAAUAUCUGUAGUCCCAAAUUAUUUAUUUAGAACUAAGCUCUACUGCUUUACUUCUGAGGAAUGUUUCGACUGUUAGUUUUGAGACUGAAGCAAUAAAUAAGGAUUCUGCCUACUAUAUCAGAAACAAAGUUCAGCUUUAACAGGCAAGCCUUCUGCCUCUUGGCUUUCUAAAUAAAAGCAAACUUUGAGAAGAUAUUUCAAGCAACCAUUAAGAAAUGAAGCUGAUUUAAGUGCAGUAUUAGGGCUGCAUGUCUGAAUUGAUUCAGAGGCAGAUGGUUUAGCAUAUAAAAUGCUGAGUUUUCAUCAUUUAAAAUGUGUUGGUAAAUGACCAGAUCUGGACUAGGAAGCUAAGCAAGAUCAGCCUUGGUUACAACCUGAAUGGGAAGCUGCUAGGGAAUCCCAGAGGUGUAGGGUAGGCUGUGAAUUUAAGAAACAAAAUCCCCUAAGGAAGAGGCAAACCUGUUCUGUACUGUAGCCAAAAAUCUGCAAAGACACUUCUAUGAAAUUACCAGCUCAAAUUGUCAAAAAGGUAUUUCUGGUGAUUUUAGAGUUUUUAAUCAUGUUGGUGUGAUGAGGUGAGGUUAUCAAGUGGAACUAUAUUAUUGAGUCCUACCUGCAAGAUUGUUCUAAUUAUUAAUUUAUUACACCUAACAUUUUUAAAAUGCUGGAUGUAGAAGAAACAGUAAUAGUCCCUUGAAAAAUUCUAAUCUGGUCUGAUAUCCAAAGGAAAGGGGGAUAAGGAAAUUGGGCAGAAUCCUAAUUCUUCAUGGCUGUUGAUCAGGAGAAAUGGCCUGGAAGAAGAGGCAAGUCAGAGAACGCACCUUGCCUUCUGUGCAUAACUCAACGAUCUAUAUUCCAAAAUGUCUUGCUCUUGGACACCCAGCAAGGUCACUUUCAGAAACAAUAAGAACAGCACCGGGAUUUGAACCUGGGUCCUGCCAUGCUAGCAGGAAGUAAGAGCUGAAUAAUUAAGUCUGCCCCUGCUAUCAUCUUCAUUUUUUUAUUAAAGAGUAUAAGCCAGUUUUGCAGCUGGGACAUUUUUUCUUUGACGAUCCAUCUCAGAAAUAAGGCCUCCUUUCUCCCACCUGUGCUGCAACAAAGGCAUCAAACAAAUUAUAAUGCCUAUUGCACUUCUUUUAAUACUUCAGAAAAGGGAUUUUACCAUCAGGAUAUAUUACUUGGCCUUAUUUGUGGAUUCCAUUGUUUGUUGGGCAAAAGUAUUAUUAUUUUUUGACAUGGCUGGAUAUGCAACCAAUUUAAAUUUUUCUCCCUUAUUGUGGUAGGCCUCUUAUAAACUUUGACUUGUAACUUAUAAGAAUGAUGUGUGAACCUAGCUGGUUAUGGCUAACAUAACAUUAUUGAACAAGUCCUAGCCUAGCAAAGUAUACAUCCAGUAUUUUUGUGUCUCUAGACAACUAUGUUUUAUGUUACCCAAAUCUUGUGGGGGUUGCGUUUUUUAAUCUUUUUCCUACACUUUUUAUUUUAGUGUAAGUUAUGAUGGCCUGCUAAUGGUUGAUAAUGGUGCAGUGGGCCUUGUUGGAUACCAAGGGGUUUCUUACAUCCAAGGCUAAAUGUCAGAGACCCUGAUGGAUUCAAACUAAGUAUAAUGCUUGGGUUUUUUUGAAUUGAACCAAUUAAUAACCCAAAGUAAAGCAAAAUAAGGCUUUGUGUGGUAUAUGAUCUGGGUCUUUAUCAUCUGCAAAUUACCUCUAGCUAGUGACCAAGAGGAGGACCUAAGAGCCAAAGCUGACUAAUAUCAUCCUUAGACCAAAAAGAGUUUGAAGCAUUCUUUUAUAUAUUUUUAUAUAUGGAUUUGUGUGCCUAUUUUUUUAACUGGUUAAAUGUUUUACCACAGAACUAGUUGAUAAUAAAUGUUAUGAUCCUCUAAGUUCAUUUUUUUUUUUUGCAAAAAGCAAUAUGGAAUAUACUUCCACAAUUUGAAAUGGUACAUAAUUUCAUUUCUGUUAGUAUCUUCUUUUGUGUAAGAAUUGAUUUUACUGAUGCAGACCAAUGGGGAUUUUUUUAUUUGUAAAUUCCUGCAAUGAAAUAAACCUAAACAUUCUUUAAAAGCAUUAAAACUUUGCAAAGUUCACAGAC